AUGGCAGAAGAUAGCGACGACGACCUUGCUGCAGUGAACCGCAUCUUGCAACGCGUCAGGCGUUGUGAAAAGCCAGCGCAUCGCGGAGCAGUGUCUGCAAAAAUCGCCCGUUGCGGGCGUCAGCGCGUUUCAGCUGCAAGACACAGGCUGAAGGUAACUGAAAGAAUUGCAUGGUUGGUCAAUCGUCACAAUGCGGUCUUUGCGAAAACGCCAGAGGAUGUGAUUGACCUCAAUGCAAACAAAGAGCAGAAAGUCAAAGGCAAGGGCAUUUACAAACAGUGGCUUCCUACUGCUCUACUGCAGGCUUGCUGGGGCUCCAGACCGCGUCGGCGAAAGUCUGCCACACCCAAGCUCACGCGUCUUAGAAAGAAAACGCAUUGCCAGGUCAAGGUAGCAGCGCCAACAGUCUCCAGUGUGCGUGCAUGCGCUCGACAAUGGCACAGCAGCACAACACAUAUCACAAACGUGAGAGCUUGCAUGAGCGAGCUGUACAUGCGCAUCCAAGAAGAUGCACUCUCAAGUUUGACGCGAGCAACCGAACAGUGGGUGCACAUAGCGUUGGAUGAAACAACCGAACCUGUCACGGUGAAUGCUAGAGCUGAGUUGAGCAGUGUUUUAGUGAUUCACAUGAAGGUCGUUCGGCUGUCAGCCAGCGGCAGACUGUUGGAGCGGCUAAAUGUCGUUUUGCCCACAGCUUUGCUAAAGACUACGUCAACUGCAGACCUGUAUACAGCGUUGAUGGGCAGGCUUCCACUCGCGUUGAAACAGCUGGAAGCUCUUGCCGGAAAGACCACCUUUCUGCUUAACACUGAUAGCUUCAGCAGCUGCAUGCGUCUGCGCAAGCUGCUGUCCACGCAGGUCCGCUGCCUUUCAUGCCCCUGCAGAAUGCAUCAGCUUUGUUUGUCGUUGACUUCAGGAUUGAUGUAUUCUGGACUGAUGUCGGCUUUGUUUUGCGGCUCUUUGACACUCCGCCAGUCUCGUUUCCAGCGCCUCUUGCGAGCAAGGCUACGUGCAAUCCUGGAGGAGCAGCUCGUCGUUUGCUAUGACAAGCCAGACCCUUCGGCUGUCAGCCACGCGCAAGCUGUUUGGGAUUUGUUUUGGCCCCUUGUCACUAGCAAUGAUAAAGAGCAAGCAGGGGAGCGCCGUGUGACCGGAAAGAAAGCCAAGGCUUGGCGCCGCUUGCGGCGAAACUUGAAAGGCCCGUUGGGCAGCAAUGCUGUGAUUCACUUUUGUCCCUUGGGCUGCCACAGUGGCCGGAAGGCCAUUGUGGAAGAACUCCAUGAUGACCUGUGCACGCUCUUCCUGGACUCGCCGCCGCCCACGCCCGCUUUCAACAAGUGGACGAAAGUCAGUCCAGUUCUCGAGUGGUUCUGCCCACUGUUCCGUGUUCACAAUCUGCUGCCACAGAUGUUGCAGCCUGUCCUUUCUUCGCUUCAAGCAGCUGCAGGUUCCAAGCUGACUCAAAGCUUUCUUCCAGAGGCGGAUGAUGACAUCACUUUGGGACUAGGGCAGUCAGAGGAAUUCGCGCAGCAAGAGUAUCUCCGCAUUCGCCGAUUCCACGCUUUCGUCACAACGCCACAUGUUGGAGACAAGCUGAUGGCUGUUCUACUGGCCAUGAAGCCAUCUUUGCGAAUUCUUGGAGCUUUCUUCAAAUCUGCGACAGAAACAGGGCAUAUGUUGCAAGACGCAGAACCAACCUGCACAGCUCUGGAACUGGGGCGGCCUUCGAAGUCACCAGCAGUCAAGGCAGUGGUGCUGUUGCUGGAUGCGUUGGCAGAUGAGAGACACGAGCUUUGGCAGGCUCUUUUGCCAUCCACGGAAGAGUGGAACGAGCGGCUUUACUGCUUGGCUGCCACUGCUGUUUGUUUGCAAGUAGGUCAACUGCAGUCCCGGCUUGUCCUGCCUUUCGGCGCGUGGCCGUGGAAAGCCGCUCUUUUCUUCGAGGACGAUUCGGCUGUCAGCCAGGAAAAAAAGAAUGCCCUGGCUCAGGAGCUUCUCGAUCUUUGUGUCCACCAAGAAGAUUUCGUGCUCCAGUACAAGCAAGGCCUCAACUGCGUUGCUGACGUGCUGGGUGAACUGAAUCUAGAGCGAACACACCACUUGCUCCAGACAGCUCCCAUCACCAAUUUCAUCAGUGAGAAGUCUUUCGCUGGAUCGCACACACGCAGGGCCACGAAUCACGGCAUGCAGCCAAAGCACUCGACUUUGGCGGCACAGCAUGUUUUGGCUGAAAGCAAGACAAUUCUGGACACCAGCCAAUUCGGAAAAGCAGCGGACCACUCAGUGCAAGCACCGAGCCGGGCCUCGCAGGAUGCGAAGGGCAAGUCGGCUUGGCACGAUUUCGUCCGGCAGCACAACUGCUCCAACAAGACAUUGGCUGAUGUUGCUCAGCUGUGGCGCGCCCGUGAUCAGGACGCAACAAGGGCAGCAGACGUACGGCUGCCAGCCAGAACAGCCGCACAUGUUCGGCUGCCCGCCAGCAGAGGCACAAGGGCCCCCGCAGAUGCGGACACUGCAGAAGUGCCACAAACUGCUGGCCCCUGGCCUUUUGCUGGGGACGGGUUCUACCCCAUCCGGGCAGAGCACUUGGAAGCCCUCCGCCCGGCAGUGGCACGCCUGGCGCAGGAUUGGAACGAGCGAGUUGGACAGAAGCCAUGCGAUCCAAAGCCGACCCCAAACGUUACCGAGGGUCCUGCUUGCGGUGCAACAUGUGUGCAUGCUUUGCCAGAAAGCCAGCGCGCCUGGCGAGACGACCUUCGCAAACGGUUGAACCGCUGGGCAUCCAUGUGCAAAACGCGAGCGCAACCAACGGAGCCAACGUGGCAGCCGUUGCCUCUGUACUACAUCGCAGUUGCAGAUGCAAGCUUGAGGUGUGGGCCGGAGGUACGUGGUUUUCUACUUCUCCAGCUUUGCCCUGUUCAAGAUCAGCAAGUUUACAGCCGAUGCGCUGUGGCUGCUGAGCCAGAGCAGGGGACCCGCUUGCCGUUACCAGUCACUGCUGGCAGUUUGAUUUCAGCUGCAGAGGUCUUGGACGAAUGCCGGAAGAUGCGUGGACUGUAUGGUGACUUGCAGUGUUGGCACAUCAACUACAAGCAUGUGUCCUUGACUCUUCUGGAGGUCUUGGAAGUCCAAGAUGCGGCAGCCAGGGAGAAAGAGCAUGCUGCAAAGCGUCAAGCGGACAAGCGUGCUUCCACCAUCAAGACUGCGGUGCGGUCUUUGGACGAUCAGUCUCUAAGCCGACCGACAAAGAGGGUGCGCAGGAAGACGGCGCUGAACGAGCCAGGAUGCGAUGCCGUUGCUCAUGUUGGAGACAAUGAAGGCGAAGCUCUGAGAUCAUGGGAUGCUGAAAUCGAGGCCGAGGCACUUGUUCCUGAUGCGAGUUCAAAAGAAGAAGCGCUAGCUCAUGAGCUGCUGGAUGAGUUUGAUGCAGAGGCUUCGGAUGUAGAGGAUGUGUUGGACAUGGCUGCGGCUGUUGCUGUGGACGAAGCAGAGUCCAUUGCCUCGCCUGCAGGAGCAGCUGCAAGCAGCUCCAGUGCAGGCUGCGACUCUCGCCAGCCUGGGCCAGCAGCACCAUCGCAAUCCGACGCAUGUGAUUUAAGGAUGGAUGAGGAUGGGAAAGUGUUCAAUCGCGCUGGCGGGUACCUGGGUCGACUUACCAGCUUGAAAGUCGGCACGCCGCAAGAGGCCUUUUCUGUUUACUGCGCCCGGCACGGCUGCCAGUUCAUCCGCAAGGUCGACAAGGUCCUGGUGCCUGAAACGUGCGUGUGCGUGACACGGCAACUUCGGCUGUCAGCCAAGGGCGUGAGAAUGCCAAAGCACCCAACACAAGCAGGGACGUGGCUCAAGCUUGACAGCGGCGUCUUGAUAUUGACAGGAAGAGAGGACGUGGAGAACGAGAGGUGGAAGGGCUAUGCCAAAGGCAUCGGCCUGGUGGUAUCUGCUGCUGGAGAACGUACUGAUGCGUACGUGUACCCCGAGAAGAUCAAAAGCAGCGACCGGUGGCGCUUUUUGGUCGUGCCGGUCUCUUUCGAGAGCCGCGAGAGGACCGUGUCCUGGGGCACAUGCGUCACGGUGCUCCGUUCAGUGGCAGAGCAAGGUGGACACAUCGCCGCGGUCGUGCACUGCAACAAAGGGUUUCACCGAUCCCCUUUGCUUGGAGCGAUGAUACUGGUCUACCUGGGCGCUUUUGACACUGUGCAGCAGGCCCUCAGCCACCUCGCGUCCAUCCGAGAUAUAUGGCCUGGAUGGCACCACAACCCCGGCUGGCGGGAAAAUGGCCGCUCUUUGUCCAAUGCCUAUACAUGGGCAUGCAGGAUGGUCGAGCCGUCUGCCGAGGGGAGGGCGAAGGCGAAGGCGAAGGCGAAGGCGAAGGCUUCGGCUGCCAGCCAGGAAAGCCCAGCAGAUGCUGCUGCUGGUGCGGCAGCUGCAAGCAGCAGCACUGGUGCUGGUGAGCCAGCUUCAGGCAGCGGCCAGGCUCCAGCAGAGCCAGCUUCGGCUGCCGCAGCAGAGGCAGAGGUGCCGGGAGCCGUUGCCAAGUCAGAGGCAAAGGCAGCGGCAAAGGCUUCGUCUUCGGCUGUCAGCCAGGGUAGCUCCGGUACUGCGGCUGCCAGCCAGGAGUAUGUUGGUCCUGCGAUUUAUUCGGAGGACAUGCUCACAUGCCUGGCGUGCUCAGUUACAGUGCACUAUGCGGAGCAGAUGCAACAACACAGCAUGAGCUCCAGACACGCCCGCAACGCCAAGUGGUUGGUGGAUGAGUACAACAAGGGUCUCAAGGGUAAGAAAGUUCCCCCAGCACCACCGCCGCCACCACGAGCAGCGAAGACGGCAUCUGUGCCUGCUGUGCCUGCGUCUACGAAAGCGCCGCCGGCAAAUGUGACUGCGGACAUACAGACGAAGGCCAUGCCGAAAAUGGCAGAGCCUGUGCUGCCCCCUUCGGCUGCCAGCCAGGACCCUGUGGAGGCCCCUUCGGCUGCAGCAGCCCCGUCAACGGUCAGCCAGACCUCAGUGCCAGCAGCUCCUUCUGCUCCCAGCCAGGGCUCAGUGCCAGAAGCUCCUUCGGCUGUCAGCCAGAGCUCAGCGCCAGAAGCUUCUUCCGAGCCAACAGCGGCGCCCCGCGCUGCAGGCCCCCCGCCACCCGAACCCAAGGAGCCGGCGCCACCGCCCAAGCAGCAGCCUGUGAAGAAGGAAGAGCCUCAGCAAGCGCCGGCACCUGCCACUUCGGCUGCCAGCCAGAGCCAGAGCCUUAAGCGUGAGGCGCCUGCGGAGCCUGCCGCUUCGGCUGACAGCCAGGGUGUGCGCCGAACGUCGCCUCGGACGCCGCAGGCCAAAGAGCAGCUCCGGGCGCGCAGGCAGGCCUUGCUGGAGGAGCUGAGUGCUGUGGACUCUGAGCUGGGCGUCGAAGACUACGCUGCAGCGCACGGAGUCUCGUUGACCAGCGUCAACAGCGAAGGCCACACCGUGCUGCACCUGGCAGCUGAAGAGCUGCGGCUGGGACAGAUCACCGCAAGCUUCUUCGGCGUUGUGACGCGAGCUGUGCCGCGCGACAUGCUCAACGUCGUCACGCGCGGUGGUCGGCCGACGGGCUCCAAUGCUCUCCACAUGGUGGCGGGCUCUGGCAGGGAUCGCGAAGCUGACAAAGCUGAAGCGAUCCAGCACCUGGUGGCGGCGAGGGCAAACCUGGAGCAGCGCGACUCGAGAGGUGCCACUGCUUUUUUGCGCGCCGCGGGGGUGCAGUCCGUGCAGAUGCUGCAAACACUUGCGGCCGCUCGCGCAGACGUCCAUGCACGGCACGCCGGGACGCAGCGGACUGCCAUGGACAUGGCAAACGGCGAG